UAUUUUAUUCUAAGAUGAAGUUACAACUAAAGCAUUUUUUUCCUCUAUGACAAUGUUGUCACUACUAAUCCUAGUUUUGUGCAUAAUUUUUUCAUUACUUUUGGUCUUCAUGAAACAUAGAAGAACCAAUAUUAAUGCACCUUAUCCACCUGGUCCUAGAGGCUUACCCAUAAUAGGGAAUCUUCAUCAACUAGACAAUUCUAUUCUUUAUCUUCAAUUUUCAAAACUUUCAAAAAUCUAUGGACCAUUAUUUUCACUUCAACUUGGUUUUAGAAAAGCUAUUGUUGUUUCUUCAGCUAAAAUUGCCAAAGAAAUAUUUAAAAACAAUGAUCAUGCAUUUGCUAAUAGACCAAUCUUAUAUGGCCAACAUAAAUUAUCUUAUAAUGGGUUAGAUAUUGUAUUUUCUCAUUAUAGUGAUUUUUGGAGAGAUAUGAGAAAAACUUGUGUUAUUCAUAUAUUUAGCAAUAAGCGUAUUUCAUCUUAUUCCUCUAUAAGAAAGUUUGAGGUGAAGAAAAUGAUCAAAAAAAUUUCUAAUCAUGCUUCUUCUUCUGUUGUUACAAAUUUGAGUGAAUUAUUUAGUUCUCUCACAAGUACAAUAAUUUGUAGGAUUGCUUUUGGGAUGAGGUAUGAGGAUGAAGGAGUAGAUAGUAGUAAAUUCCAUGGAAUGUUGCAUGAGUUUGAGGCGAUGUUAACGGCUUUCUUUGUUUCUGAUUAUAUUCCGUUCAUGGGUUGGAUUGAUAAACUUAGAGGAUUGCAUAGUCGUCUUGAUAGAAUUUUCAAGGAGUUUGAUGAGUUUUACCAAGAGGUUAUUGAUGAACAUUUGGAUCCAAAUAGACAACAAAUAGAUGAAGUUAUUGUUGAUGUCUUACUCCAAUUGAAGAAACAAAAUUUGUUUUCAAUUGAUCUUACUUUUGAUCACAUCAAAGCCGUCCUCAUGGAUAUACUUGUAGCUGCAACAGAUACUACAUCAGCCACAUUAGUUUGGACAAUGACUGCACUAAUAAAAAAUCCUAAAGUAAUGAAAAAGGUACAACAAGAAAUUAGAAGUUCAAGAGUUAAAAAAGAUUUUCUAGAUGAAGAAGAUAUACAAAAUUUCUCUUACUUAAAAGCCGUCAUAAAAGAAACGUUGAGAUUGUACCUACCAAACACAUUGCUUGUGCCAAGGGAAACAAGGGAGAAUUGUACUAUAGGUGGCUACCAAAUUCCAGCAAAAACAAUAGUAUAUGUGAAUGCAUGGGCUAUACAUAGAGACUCUGAUGUUUGGAAAAAUCCAGAAGAGUUUUAUCCAGAGAGAUUUUUGAAAAGUUCUAUAAAUUUUUUGGGACAAGAUUUUGAAUUGAUUCCUUUUGGAGCUGGUCGUAGAAUAUGCCCAGGUAUUUCUAUGGCAGUUGCAUCAUUGGAACUUAUCCUUGCUAAUCUUCUCUAUUCGUUUGAUUGGGAAUUGCCACAUGGAUUGGUAAAGGAAGAUAUUGAUUUUGAAAUGUUGCCAGGAAUUGCUCAACAUAAGAAGAAUCAUCUUUGUCUUUCGGCAAAGAUCCUUAUGUAGAUACAAUUUAUUAAUUUGUAGCUCUUUGUUGGAUUUCUCGUGAUGCAUA